CCCUGAUUCAUUUUCCGACCAGGGAUAUGGCAAAGACAGGUGAGCUGAGAAUUCAAGCACACAUGCAAGUAUGACUGGGCAUAGUGACGGAAGUCGGAGUCGGAGAGUCUGAAGAACCCGUACCGGACAGUCAUCUCGCAUUUAAGUUUCCACCCGUCUCAACUUCAGGUACUCUAUCAGUAUAGGUCCAUCCACCGAAGCCUGACCAUACACAACUCGCAGUGUUCAAAGCUGCAUGUGAGUGACUCGAUCAAGUAUUCAAUCGGCGUUCUAUAACUCGACAUACUUCUUCUUGAAAUGAGCGAAUUAAAAAAGGUGGUCAUCAUCGGGGGUGGUCCGACUGGACUUGCGGCGGCAUUACUUUUGAAGCAGAGGAAUCACCUAAGACCUGUUGUCUAUGAAGCUUGUCCCGAGCCAACCACAAUCGGCGGCGCGAUUGGAAUCCAGCCGAACGGCAUGCGAAUCUUCAAGCUGUUGGGCGUGUACGAUGAGCUUAUUGCCAGAGGGUCACCCGGAACCAAUGUAACCUUACAUUCUGUUCGGGGCUCAGUCAUGGGCCAGCUCGAUUUUGUUUCUUGGAGCAAAAAGAAGACCGGGUGUUGCCAGUUGGAGAUUCGGAGAGUCGAUCUCAUGGAAGUGCUUUGCGAUGCGGCUCGAGAAGCAGACCUUGAGAUUCACUAUAACAAGACCCUUGUGGAAAUCAAGGAACGAGACCGGGAAGUCAUGGCGAACUUUUCGGACGGGACGACAGAUACAGCCGAUUUUCUCCUCGGUUGUGACGGCCUUCGGUCAGGCGUUCGAACAUUGUAUGUGGACCCUGAAACUGAACCCGAAUACUCUGGGAUAUCAGACAUCUAUUCCCUUGUUCCGACAUCUGACCACCCAACACCAACCGGACUUCCCAGAGCAACCCAUGCAACUUUUACAACAGAUGGAUUCUUUGCACUCAUGUGUUGCACAAAAUCGAGGGAUGUCAACUACUGGUUCUUUUCCUCUGAGUUUCCUGCCUCAACUUCAAGCACAAACCCAGACGGGACUGUCCACAAUUUCAAGCCCGUCAUGCGCAAUGCUGCGAGUAAGGUCAAGGGGGAGUGGGGCAAUGUGCUGACGGACUUCAUCGACAAGAGCAAAGUUUUGAAAUUUCACCCUAUAUGCACCCUUCCUCUCGGUGGAGUAUGGCACAAGGGGCGAUGUCUGCUAUUGGGAGAUGCAGCCCAUGCAAUGUCGCCUCACGCUGGCCAAGGCGUUUCUAUGGCGCUCGAGGAUGUUCUUUUUCUUUCUCGUCUACUGGGUGAACCUUCGCUUGAACUGAACGAUGUUUUUACCAGAUAUGAGGGGAAGCGCAGACCAAGGGUUGAUGAGAUAUACAAGACAGCAAAGAAAAAUGGUGCAAUGCGCAAAAAGACGGGUCCCUGGCGUCUCUGGUUUAACGAGCUUGUUAUGGUGGCGUUUUUAACUGUCUACCGCAUUUUAAACCUGCAGACUUUUGGUUUUGGACAAAAGACACUUGUGUAUGAUAUUAGUGAGGAAAGUUUGUAG